UGCUUGGACCAACAUUGCCACCUACUGCCAGCUACUGCCACCGUCAGUAAUUGCAGUAUGCCACUCGCCGUGCAUGUUCUUUGACGGUUAAUGUCGAUGAUUGCUAUCCAAAAACUCCAGUGACGUCUGGCUGGAGUUGAGGAGCUCUGGGCUGCGCCACUUAUAUGCGUUGUAUCAGGUACCGCUAAUAACGUGGUUGUUCCUAGAAGUUUGUCUUCAGAAAUCGAGGCGCGCAUUACAGAACAAUCACAUCAUCCAGCAUCACACAUGAUAUCACCUUUACAGGGGUGGUGCGCAUAAACAUAUAUAGCGGUGAAAAAAAAACGUCGGUAAUCCUCCCCAGAACUUUCACAAACAUGUCAGAAAUCAAUGUCCAAGAUAUGCGCGACCCAAACACCGCCGCAACCCCUCCACCUGACGUGGCCCAGAGAGGACCACCAAGUGACACUAGCGAUGACCGCAGUGACGAUGAAAGAAAGAAAGACGCAGAGCUUGCUGAACGCUUAUCGAGACUUAUCGAGGAUGCCAACUCACGGGUUGUACCACUUUGCAAAAUGAUACGCAAGCACAUCGAGAAUAUGGAGGCAAGGAAGGAUGAGGAUCGCGACGAGGGUGAAUUGGUUCAACAAGUCAAACCUCUCCUCCAACAGGCUGAGAAAAUCCUCAAUGAGACUAUGGGAAUGAUCAAAGGCGCGGACCCAGAUAACCGCUUGUCCGACAGAGCUAAACGACACGCUCAAACCCAUAAUGCUACGCCCGAGGAGCAAAGACUUGCUGAGGCCCUCAAAGUGUUACUGGAAGAAGUCGGCGGCACAAUCGAAUGGGCUAGGGACAAACUAGAUAGUUUCCCGAAAGCAAAGAAAGAUCUUGGGCCUCUACUUGAUGCACUCGGCCAACCAUUGACUCAAAUUGUCGGAGGAGUCGGCCUUUUGCUAGCUGGUGUGCUCAACCUUCUUGGAAACCUACUGAGCGGCCUGGGACUAGACAGUCUGUUGAAAGGAAUCGUUUCGGCCACGGGACUGGAUAAAAUAUACAACGGUCUUGGCUUGGGCAAAUGGUUGAACACAAAAUAGACGUUGUAUCACAUACGAUGAAUGGACCCUGUAUGAGUAUGCAUGUAUUUAUUUCCGGCCUCUGAGCACGAGGUCUACAUAUAAGUGGAACAUCAAAUUUCA